CGAUGGUUAAAAUUUGUGUUCUGCGACAUUUGAAACGCGUAAUAUAAACGCAGUUAGGUACGUGGAAACGGUUGAUGGUCUGAGUUAAUCGUAAUAUUCCGUGGUAGAAUAGUUCACCUAAAUUUUUGACUCUGGGGAUAAGAAGAUUUGUUUAUUAAAUAUAGAAAAUCGGAGGGUUUUCGUAUUUUUGUUUUCCAAAAUGCUAUCGACGAGACACAGAUCGCCGCAUAGGCGAAGCGUUGCAAGAAAAUCUUCUAUUCGGCCAAAAUCGAGGUCGAGGAGCAGAUCAAGAUCCAAGUCGGUAAAACAUUAUCACUCCCAAGGCUCGCGGCACCUCGAGAAAUACGACAGGAUAAACGAUGACCACGGCAGAUCCAAAGAUUACGGCAGAAAAACUUCGCAAGAGGACGAAUUCAUGGAAGCCCGAAGGCGGGAGCGUGAAGUUUUGGGAACUAGAGAGUGCCCUGACAUUUGGGGUAAAUCGCCCUUACAUGAGGAAGCGUCCUCUGAAGAAGAUGAAGUAAUGGAGGAAACCGCAUCAAAAAAACAUAAGAAGAAGAAGCAGAAAAAAGAAAAAAAGCACAAAAAAGAAAAGAAACACAAGCAAACAAAGAAAAAGAAAAAAAAGCGUAAAUCAGUGUCCGAUUCGUCCUGUGAAGAUGAAGAAUGGGUUGAGAAGGAAGCUGCCGCCACUCGAAAAUCGAGAGGCACUUCAGGCAGUGAAGAUGACGAAUCAGUUGGACCAGUUCAGAAACCUUUGACUACACUAACUCACCGAGAAAUGGGCAAAGCUCUGUUGCCCGGAGAAGGUGCAGCAAUGGCUGCUUACGUUGCAGAGGGUAAAAGAAUUCCAAGAAGAGGGGAGAUUGGACUGACUUCAGAUCAGAUUGAUUCAUUUGAGAAAGUGGGAUAUGUGAUGUCCGGUUCGAGGCACAGGAGAAUGGAGGCAGUGCGUAUUAGGAAGGAAAACCAAAUCUACUCUGCCGAUGAAAAGAGAGCCUUGGCAAUGUUCAGCAAAGAGGAAAGGCAAAAGAGGGAGAACCUUAUUUUGGGACAGUUCAAGGACAUGGUGAAGUCUAAACUAGAUGCAAAAAAUAACUGAAGUUUUUAUUCU